UGCAUUGCUCCCUGCACUUAUCUUCACAGUCUCGGCCCGGCGCAGUGUUUCUCUGCGUCGUACACUCCCCCAGUCGCAUCAAUCUCGCCGUGACCCUGCUUCUUCGGCACCCUCUGCAUAGAAUUAUCAUUUUUCCGCGUCGUUUUUGCUGUAUUUGAGCGAUGGCGGCCCUUACCGUUGCGAUGCCCGUAGCAGGAGCCACCAUGGCUACUUCCGUGGCUUUCGUCCCGAAGGGCUGUUUCUCCAUUGUUGCGGCUGCCAGAAUGGCGCCCAUCAAGAUCAAAAGGCGUCUGUCUGUUGUUGUCAAGGCUUCUCCCAAGGAGGAUAUUAAGGAUAAGAUCCCCGAAGCCAUUGCUGAAGCUCAGAAGACGUGCGAGGAUGACCCCACCUCUGCACCAUGUGCUGUCGCAUGGGACAAUGUAGAGGAGCUCACUGCUGAGGCCGCUCACCAGCGUGACCGCAACAAAGCUAACAGUGACCCCUUGGAGACUUAUUGCGCAGACAACCCUGAGACCGAUGAGUGCCGAACAUACGAGGAUUAGGCCAUGAAGAAGUGAAAGAAUAUCUGGUGGAUUGUAGACUGAUUACCACAAGCGGUUGCUGCCGCUGUACAAAAUCAUUGGGAUUUUUUGGGAAGCAAGCUGGGAUAGAAGCCGAAGUACUCUUCCAUAUGUUGAUUCCAGUCCUCGUUAUCACUUUUCGUGAUGUUAGUAUUUUUAUGGUGUCUGUAAUCUGUCUACCAUAUCGAGUGAGGUCUUCCCAAUUGGUACAUCAGACAUGUACAAGUUUUUUUUUUUGUUUUAUUCUAUUUGCUUUUCUAUGUCA